UUCGCGUGUCGCGGACUGUGUAAUAAGUGUCGCAGGCGCUCAUACUCUACAGUAUUGUGUUUGUUGUGUGGAAACACUGGUCUUGAAUUUUUAAAUAUCCUCACCAUAUUCCAUUUAUAUCACAGUCGAUGUUAAGACUCGACAAAACACUUUAGAAAUAUCCACACCGAUGACGAUCCACAUAGUUCCUGUUAUUGAGAAUUGGAAAAACUUAUAGUGCAAAGAAUCUCUAAAACGACACAAAAACGUCACUUUCAGGACAUGCCCUCUGCAAAGAACUGUACCGCAAGAUGAUGAGGAACUCUUCUCUGAGCGCCUCAGGCUCGGACAUUCCAGCCAGCAUAGAGUACAUCUCGGAGAUCAUCUACGAGACGCCUGCCACCAAGGUGCACUCGAUACCCCCCUUCCCUGACUCGGCCGUCGCCACUGGUGUUCCAGUGGUUAGAACAGAAGAGGCACUGAUCGUCAUCUUCGUGCUGAUUCUGUGGGUCGCAGCGAUAGCACUGUUUUUCAACAGGUGGGGAAAGAUCCGCAUGCUGGAGCCCUACCAGCCAAAGUUCCACCAAGAGCAUCGCAGCAGCUGUCCCAUGGUGGACAUCAACCAUCCGCCGAUAUCCCAGCAUCGGUCGUCUUUCUCCAAGUUCAACGUCAAUUGUCUAGAGCCCCCGCCACACUUCGCUGCUGUCCCACCCACGUACCGCUCCCUGGCGAGGCCCAGGCAGAACUCCGUGUUCGUCGGAAGCUCCAACAACAUGUUCGCCGUCCAGAUCAACCCUCCUAGAAAAACCAAGUCAGCCGUAGACAUAAAAUCUCUGGUGCUCAACGAGCGACCGCCAAUGAGCAAGUCUAUGCUGCCGAUGACGGAGAGACGACCCUCGACCACAACCCUGGGUAUGCGAAGAUCCUCCUGUCUCCUUUCCCCACGACCAUCAUGUGAGCGUCGCCCGUCGUCCUGCUCGGAGUUCCUGCCAGGGAGCAAAGAUAGACACACGUACUGCAACGAGUUUCUCAGUCCAAUGCACUCCUUCGAUCGGCGGACCUCCACCUCGGGUGACUUUUAUUCCCAAAGGGAGCAGAGGAGGCCGAGCUUCAACAAUGUGAUCGCCCAGGUGACGGCGGAGAGGCGGCCGUCCUCCAGCAUGUUGAGGAUCAGCAACGUCUGAAAGUCCACGGGCCGGAUCGACUCACUCCCGGAGUGAAAACUCGAGAGAUUUAGUCACGUGACAAGUCUUUGAUUGGAGUUAUUUGUAAUGGAGAGUAAAAUGAGAGAAAGGUCUUUGAAAGAUGCUGACGUUUCAUUAAUGCGCUCCAGAUGCAGCUACUGAGGGUAAGUUUGAAGAUAGUUCCGACUUAAUGAAAAAUUGAUCAGGGAUAGGGAAUUGUUUGCUCGUUUUGAGUAAGGAAGUUAUAAAAGGUAUGAUAAGUAAAUUCGAAAGUUUGAUCGAGUCAUCAAACGUGGUGGUUAGCUUGGAUGAAAUAAAUAAUCUUAUAAAUGUGUAAAACUCUAUUCUCGCUGGGUAAAAUUUAUGGUAUACAAAAUUACGUUUCAUAGAUUUAUGGUGCAGAGUAUUUGUUCUGAACAUUGAAUUUGAGAGAGCAAAAAAUCUAUUAAAUUAAAAGUGUAAAAAUAUAAAUACAGCAACAUU